CUAACGGAGAAAGCAGACUUUUUGGAUAUACGCAUUCUUUUUUUUUCUUAGAGAAUUAUUUAAAACAAAUUGACUUUCUUAUUUAAAAGAUCGGAUCAAAGGAAAACUGUCUCAUUUGUAUUCUGAGGAAUAUAAUAUUUUCCCUCGAGUUAAAGAACUGGGCCAAAACGGGGAACUGUGUGGAACCGUAUAAGCUGGCGUUAAAACACGCCGCAUUUCAAAAUUACAUAAUGGAACGUCAGAAAGAGCGGGCAAGUCAAAAUGGCACGGCGCCUCAGAAAACGUUUGAACGAGGAGCUUCAAUUACGGUCGAGCCUCCGCAUCACCCCGGAGUCGCUAAUAUCCGAGGGAUAGUCAGUUUAGAGCCUCAAUCGAGUCGAGGGGCUGCGUACAUGAGGAACUCGGCGAGAAUAAUGAAGGUUCAUGAGUCGGAUGAAAAGAGAGAUUAUGGCAAAGAGGAAAAAUUCAAGCUGAAAAGGAGAUGUAGUAGUAUUAUAAUAGAGGAUGAUCGUGACAUUCAGAAUCUAGAGGAAAAUAUAAGAAAUUUAGGCAUCGCAAGUCCAAGUGGGAUAGGCAAGACAACAUCUAUCGUAUUUUCUUUGAGAAACACCGUUGGAUGUUUAGUCAAUGCACUCAAAGUGUUUGAGGAAAAUAAUAUAAAUGUGGUCCAUAUUGAAUCUAGAAAGAGUGAAAAGAAUGAUUCGAUGUUUGAUAUAUACGUUGACUUGGAAACAGACUAUAUACGAUUGCAGGAACUUAUAAAGCGUUUGAAGAAACAGGUUGCUAGUAUAACUCUCAAUGACUUCCCUAUACCGCAAUCACCAGCUCUUACUCCUGAUAAUUUUGCGACAACUCCCUGGUUUCCGAGGACUGUCAGUGACCUUGACCGAACAGCAAAUCGUGUGUUAAUGUACGGCACCGAGUUAGAUGCUGAUCAUCCUGGUUUCACUGAUAAGGUAUACAGACAAAGAAGAUUACACUUUGCCACCAUUGCCAUGAAUUAUCGACAUGGUGAACCUAUACCACGAGUAGAGUACACAGAAGAUGAAAGAAAAACAUGGGGAACGGUAUUUCGGGAACUUACAAAGCUGUAUCCGACGCACGCGUGCAGAGAAUACCUAAGAAGUUGGCCAUUGUUAAAGGAAUUUUGCGGAUAUAGAGAAGAUAAUAUCCCACAGCUUCAAGACAUUUCUGAAUUCUUAAAAGCACAAACGGGGUUCACCCUGAGACCUGUGGCUGGUUACCUAUCGUCACGUGACUUCCUUGCUGGCUUAGCGUUCCGUGUGUUUCACUGUACACAAUACAUACGACAUCAGUCUGACCCCUUGUACACACCAGAACCAGACUGUUGCCACGAGCUGAUGGGACACGUUCCGUUGUUUGCUGAUCCAAGUUUUGCCCAAUUUUCACACGAGAUAGGUCUAGCGUCUCUCGGAGCGUCUGAUGACGAAGUAGCAAAGCUUGCAACGUGCUAUUUCUUCUCUGUGGAAUUUGGUCUCUGUAAACAGGACGGGGAGCUAAGGGUAUACGGAGCCGGUCUUUUAUCUUCUAUCAGCGAACUGAAGCACGCGCUGACAGACAGAGCUAUGAAGAAGCCGUUUGACCCCAUCACAACGUGUCAACAAGAGUGCUUAGUUACAACUUUCCAAGACGUCUACUUUUAUGCGGAAAGUUUUGAGGAGGCCAAAGAGCAAAUGAGAAAUUUUGCAAGCACUAUCAAACGUCCGUUUGCAAUACGGUUCAACCCGUACACCCAGAGUGUGGAUGUGCUUGACAACACACGGUGUAUUGGUUACCUAGUUAGCGAGGUGAAAGGUGAACUGUGUAUAGUCAGUGACGCACUAAGAAGGGUUCAACUGCUCGAAAAGGAAAAAUCUAAAAGACUUACUUUCGAGAAACCAAAAGAAAACUCUAUAGAUGAAGAAGAAGCAAGUCAUUAAAGACAAUAUGCUA